AUGGAAGAUUGCUGUAGGUUGCGAUACCCCGUACCCCUCCGCGCGGCAACGGCGGCGAAGCUUGUAGCCGAUGGCACGGUCGACCGCGCCAUUCUCAUCUGCGGCACGGGGCUAGGACUUUUCGGUGGAAAGGGCGGUAUUGAGCAACAACGCACAAGUAUUGUGCUUAGGGAGCGGGUGGUGGGGCUGGAGGUUGCGAAGCGGUUGGUGAGGGAGUGGAUUGGGUACGAUUUUGACCCAGCGAGUCCUAGCAAGGAAAAGGUGGAUGUUAUAUUGGAUCUCGAGGACAAGUUUGACGAUUAA